UGAAAAAAUAUUAUCAAGGAACCUUUCCACAUUUCUCGUUUUGUGUUCCCUUAGUGUCUUAAUUCGAAAACAAAUAAAUAUCUUCAGACAAAUUUAAGAGAUGCAGUGUUCAAGGUCAUCCUGCUUGAAUAAUUUGUGAUAAAUUUAAGUUUUUCUAGUAAUGAAAGCAUUUUAACUAACCAAACGUCUUAACCUUUUAAUGCAUGUGCGUCUACUUGUUCUGGUGUAAUUUAAAUAUUACGUCUGAAGUAAUGUCCUAUCCAGUCUAAAAUCAAAAUAUAGAUCAUGGUCUGGCCGAUGCAUAAUAUUCGGAAUCAACUGUAAAUCUUGGUUUUCAAAAUUUCUUCAAGGAAAAGGUGUUCACAUUUAAUGUCCAUCAGUGAUGAACAUGUAGCUGAAAUGGACCUGGGACAAUCUGUUACGGUCAAACAACUGAACUGCUCUUCAUGUGAUAAAUGUGUAGCACUGAGCUUCAGUGAUGCAUGGAAUACACCAGAAGAUAUCUUAACAGAUGACACAGAAAGAAAUGGGUGGUUUGAAGUUUCAUCUCCAAGAGAUAGAGUAGUCUGUUAUGCACUCAGCCAAAUUAUGUAUCGUCAGUUUGAGGUUCCUGAAGAAGAACGAGAGGAAGCAAUUUUUGACCAACCUGAUCCUACAGAUAUAGUAAUGAUUUUUUGGUUGAAGGGGCAAGCCAUUGGAUUUUACACAAUAAAACCAAAAGGGUCACUUGUGGAGAGAACGAUGGAACACUAUGCCAUGCAUACGCUAGAUACAGCAUAUGUCCGGAGUGUUAAAAGAAGACAAGGAUAUGGCAUGAGGAUGUUACAAAACAUUACAAGUUCCUAUCCAGGGAAUGACAUUGGUUUCAGCAAACCUAUUUCAUUUUCAAUGUGGAAAGUGUUGAGAAAAUACCUACAACAUAAUGCUGACUACCGAAAUAAAUUCUGGGAGAUAGAAGGUACUGGGGGGGAAGGGAAUCAGAAGCUGAUUUGGUAUGCCAUAAAGUUUCAAGAUAAGAAGAAAAAAACACUACAUAAUGAAUGAAAUCUGCAACAGGAACGACAAUAUACAGCAAAACAAGAACACAGUUUCUUUCUAAGACUGCCAACCUAACCUAGUAUAAGUGAAGCAAACUCAGCUUAUGUGGAUAUCGUCUUAGAAUAAACUUAACUCUGUGGUUUCAGUCCGCAAGCAAACUAUACCGACCAAGCAACCGCCACUUGUCAGCAAAGUUAGUGCCAACUUUAGCAUGCCAUUUAUAAUUGCUAAUGGCCCCAGAUAUUUUUAUCCCAAAUUUGAUGUUUGUCCUGAGGUGUUCAAUUAAAAAAAAAUAAAACCUCUUGCACAACAUAGAUGAAUGCAUUUUAUGUGAACUGUUCUUUAUUAUACUGUAUUUGAAUUUAAACAAAGUGUUGGCACUUUAUUUUCAGUGAGACUGGUUUUCCAUGUAUCUGUCUGUAAAGUGGAAUUAAAAUAAACAGUAUAUUUCAAAAUGUUUAUCGUGUUUCAGGCUUAUAUUGCUACCACCUGAAUUCAAGAAUUCAAGUUACUAAAGUAUGGUUCAAAAGAAUCAAAAGAAUCCACUGCUAAUUGCUAUAAUCACUACAGUUACUGGAGAAGUAUAUAAAAUUCUCUGUGAUUUACUGUUCUUACACAUAAAAUGUAUUGCUUACGUGUGUACCAAAUUACGUAUCAACAAUACCUUCUUUCUUAACAUGAAGCCAAUAAGAAUAAUUAAUUUGAAACAGUGAAUCCAAAACAAACUAUAUUUAAAAAACUCCAUAGUGCAUAGUUAUUCUUAAGAAACCAUUAGUUACUCAUCUAGUGUAUGCAUUUUAUGGAUCAUAAAGGUUCAUUACCAUUUUCACAAGAGCCUGCCAUUGGUCUGCAUUCUGAGCCAAAUGAAUUCAGUCUACAACUUCACAUGCUGUUUUUUAAUAUUCAUUUUGAUAUUAUCCUCUCAUCUAUGCCUAAGUCUUCCAAGUGGUCUCUUUCGUUCAGGUU